CCGCACUCUCUUUUCUCUCUCUCUCUCUCUCUCUCUCAUAGCUGCCGCACCUUUGAUGCUGCUGUUUCCCCCCUCUUCGGUUGCCCCCACUUUGAUGUUCAAGCCUGUCAUGCUGUCAUCCUAUAAAUGAUCAUUCUGAGUUUGGACGGAUGGCACGAGUCACAGUCUGACAUACAUGCACACACAUUUACUCCCUCUCUCACUCUUACAUAUAUAUAUAUAUAUGCUGCCCCCACUAAAAAAGGUAACUUCAUAAUCACCUCGCAUUCACCUUCCUGCUGACGCCACCCUCGGACCCGAGUAUACCGCUGUGUCUCUCUUGCCUCGCCCCCUUCCUCUUGAUAAACACCUCAAUUGAGCCACUCUGUUUGGCCUUCCUUCUCACUGCUGUCACCUGUGAGAUUGUUCUCUGUUACAAGUGAUUUGCUUGACCCUCUAUAAGGAUCAACCAUCCACACUUUUGGCUUGUCCUGAGACCUUUGAUGGUUUCUGAAGCAGCCUUACCCGCACCCUCAUCUAUCUCCUCACUCACUCGUACUCCUCCCUUCACACCACCAUGGCUCCACUGCCAUUUCAGAGCCCAUUGGUCUAUGACCCAUCAUGGAGGGCUGCUCCCUUGAAUUCAGGUAUGCACUCAGAAAUACAGCCUUCAGCUCAACACCACAACCUCUAUGAGAGCCCCUUUGAGAAGGUUCAGCUCGGUGCCGGCCUCUCCGAGUCGGCCAUGAACGGCCUCACGCGCUCCCUCGCGUCCAUCGAUGCCUUUCUCGCCCGCCACCCAUCCGUCCUGCUGCUUACCCGCCUCGCCUGCCUGCUGUCGUUCCUGAUCCUGCUAUCCCUCUCGCUGUGGGAUCUGUAUGCCCGGUCUUCGCGACGGCAGUCCAUCCGAGACGAGGAACGAGUCCGCCUCGACAGGUGCUACUCGGAAAAAGGCGGCGACAGCGAUGCCGAGGCAGAAGGGAGGACGGUCCUGGUGACGAGGGGCCUACAGCCGGGCUCUCUGUACCGGGUCACCGACGAACCUGUAUUCCUCGUCCCCGAGGCGGCCAACGUUCAAAUGGCCCAUGACGGCAGCUUCCUCGUAAUGGUGGAAGACUGAAAUCCCCGACGAGGACUGCUUGUUAUUGUCAUUAAAGUUGUCUUUUUUUCUCUCUUUGGGAUAUGGUUCGAGCAUGCAGAUGCGGCUACACGUUAUACCCUUUGGCACACAUUGAUUUUUCUACUGCUUUGAAGACCCUCGAGGAGAUUCGAGCUUCCGCGCGUACCUACAACAACAAAUUCUCGCGACUGAGUGAACAGGAGGCGAACGUCACGAUGACUCCAUCUACUCUGCCAUUUGGAAUCACAAAUGGGACUGCAAGUGGGACAACAAGUCGAACGGACCUUCUGAGCGACAGCACCUCCCACAUGGAACGCGACGACUCGCCCAGCCGCCCAUGGCGCGGCCCCCCGCGACCAACGAAGGCGAGAUGACGUGAAUCGCAUUGUGGAAAGAGAGAGAGACAGGGAAAGAGAGGAAGCACGACCUUCAAGACCUGAAUGGACAGAAAAGUCGAACGGCGGAUCGAAAGGCAUUCAUUCGUUGAAGCUUAGAAUUCACGAGACCGAAGUUCGGGACUGAGGAGCAUACUGAUGGACGGAACGGCGUUACCAAUGGCAACAUCCUUUUGAGGAGGCUGGCUGGCUGGCUGGCUGGCUAGCUGGCUGGGCUUCUGUUCUAUACCAGACAGAGCCUCGAAUGCACCGCGCAUGACUGGAUGGAAGGACGAAGAAAAGAGGGAAAGAUGGGUUUCAUCUAUAGGCCUUGAUCGUGAGAAAUGGAACCAGGGAACUCAGCUACACUCUAGGAUGUGACACAAUGUCCUUGUGUUCAUCUCUGGUGUGCAUGCGUCUCUCUAGAAAAGGCUGACCUGGACCUUCUUUCCCACCCCCCGACUUCAUAAGAAGAUUCAAGUGCAAGUCACAAGCUAGAUAUCCUAGGCGAAUUGUACGCAUGUGAAGUAGCCUUGUUGUCGGAAUAGGACACAUUAUCAUUCAUGA